AUGGACUCGAGCUCUUCUCCUUCCAACGGUGCACGUCGCGAUUCCCCGCGUCCAGCGGUGUUCUCUCCAGCACGAGUACAGAGACAUAAAGCUGCUGGUCCAAGGGACUCGCCCCCCGACACGGCUCGAGCAACAGCGGGGAAUUCAGCCAUUCCCAUCCCGGACGAAGACCAUGGUGUUGAUAUUCCUCUGACCAUGUCGGCUUCUGUAGUCUUGACCGGACUACCCAAGGAUGCUCAUCGGGCAUUAGCUGAUGCGGAAGCCGUGGAUGUGGGCAAAGUCACCGUGCGAUUUCAACCCCUCCCCUCGGCACCCAUCUUACGGAAAACCGUGUUCAAGAUUUCUGCUUCCCAGAAGUUCGAGACCGUGGUCAAUUUCUUACGGAAAAAGCUUGAUUGCAAAGACACUGACUCGGUCUUUUGUUACAUCAACAGCGUCUUCGCACCCUCCCUUGAUGAAGGCAUUGGGGGGUUAUGGAGGUGCUUCAAAAACGAAUCCGAUGACCAACUAUGGGUUCAGUACUCGAUGACCCCGUUUUUCGGUUGA